CUGUAUACGCGCUCCAUAGUUAUCUUCUAGCUUUGAAUAAUCGUCUUCUUGAAGGAGAAAGCGAUGAAUUCUCUGGUGCAGCUACCAUACGAUGCUACGGUAAAGAUGAUGUUAGCUUCAUUGGAGCGCAAUCUGCUACCGGAUGCUGUUAUCAGAAGACUUACUCGUUUGCUAUUGGCCGGUCGUCUCCGUACCGGUUACCGUCCUUCAUCUGAGCUUCAACUUUCCGAUCUCAUCCAAUUCCUUCACUCUUUAAAGGAAAUGCCGAUAGCUGUCAAGACUGAUGCGGCAAAAUCUCAGCAUUAUGAACUUCCUACUUCAUUUUUCAAGCUUGUUCUUGGAAAUAAUCUCAAAUACAGUAGCUGCUACUUUUCUGAUGCAUCCAGCACUUUAGAUGAUGCUGAAAAGGCUAUGUUGGAGUUAUAUUGUGAUAGAGCACAACUAAAAGAUGGACAGACUGUUCUUGAUGUUGGAUGUGGAUGGGGAUCUCUCUCCCUAUAUAUUGCAAAAAAGUACAGUAAUUGCAAGGUUACUGGAAUUUGCAACUCAACAACACAAAAGGCAUAUAUUGACGAGCAAUCUGGAAACCUCAAGUUGCAGAAUUUGGAGAUCAUAGUUGCAGAUAUAAGCACAUUUGAAAUGGAAGCAACAUAUGACCGAAUUUUAUCCAUAGAAAUGUUUGAGCAUAUGAAGAACUAUGGAGAUCUUCUUAAGAAGAUAUCUAAGUGGAUGAAAGAAGAUAGUCUUCUCUUUGUGCAUUAUUUCUGCCAUAAGGUGUUUGCUUAUCAUUUUGAGGAUGUUAAUGAUGAUGACUGGAUAACUAGAUACUUCUUUACUGGAGGUACAAUGCCUUCAGCAAAUCUUCUUCUUUAUUUCCAGGAUGAUGUUACUGUGGUCAAUCACUGGCUUGUGAAUGGGAAACAUUAUGCAAGAACAAGUGAAGAGUGGCUUAAAAGAAUGGAUAGAAACCAGGCUAAAAUAAAACCAAUAAUGGAAUCAACUUAUGGUAAGGAUUCUGCUGUCAAGUGGACAGUUUAUUGGCGAACAUUCUUCAUCGCGGUUGCUGAACUAUUCGGGUACAACAAUGGUGAAGAAUGGAUGGUCGCACAUUUCCUAUUUAAGAAGAAAUGAAAUCCCGAUUAAAUUUUCUAAACAAUAGACUCCAAAAUAAAACCUUCUUUAAGUUUAACAUUAUUUCGAGAUUAUGUAUUUAAAUUUCAUUUGUGCUAAUGACCCAAUUUCGGGAAAAUAAACAAGGUUUUAAUA